AUUGUAAUUUUAUAGAUCUAUCAGAUCUAAUGAUUUGUCCAACUCCCCUCCAUGCCCAAAUUUAAGGGUCUUCUCCGCGAAAUUUCAUAGACCUCCAGGGCUCUUUUUCCAGAGUGGGCAGCGCGGGACCAUGCUUACUCCAAACACCACGACUUUGGAUGGCGGGGGAAUCGAAGAACAUCCCGUCCCCAAUGGGAUAAAAGUUAAUGGAAAAGCUACAACUAAUGGGUCGCCUGUCAACGGAAACGAAGAUGGCAAGCAUUCUUCCAACGGCAUAAAGACGAAUGGAUAUUCUACCAAUGGCGAAUCUGUUAACGGAUGGUUAAAAAAUGGCCACCAGACAAAUGGCCAUCAUGUCACCGACGUGCCUGUUAAUGGCAAUGUCAGCAGUGGUGCUAUGCCCAUUGCAAUAUGUGGCAUGGCUCUUCGUCUGCCGGGUGGAUUAACGACACCGCAGGAGUUGUGGGAAUUCAUACUCGCUAAGGGCGAUGCACGCUCCAAGGUUCCCCAGAGUCGAUAUAACCUAUCCGCAUUCUAUUCUCCUACUGGGAAACCAGGCACGGUUUACACCGAACAUGGAUACUUCUUGGACGACAGUGUCGAUUUAGGGGCUUUAGAUACAUCGUUCUUUACGAUGCCGCGAACAGAAGUUGAACGUGCAGAUCCCCAGCAACGAUUACUGCUGGAAGUCGCGAGAGAAUGCUUUGAGGAUGCGGGUGUCACCGACUGGAGGGGAAAGACGAUAGGCUGUUAUGUAGGGAACUUCGGGGAAGACUGGCUUGAGAUGUUCGCUAAGGAAAAUCAACAAUGGGGCAUGCACCGAGUAGUCGGCACCGGCGAUUUCGUGCUCUCGAAUAGAAUUUCGUAUGAGAUGGAUUUACGUGGACCGAGUAUGACUCUCCGUACGGGAUGUUCAGCAGCUCUUGUGGGGCUGAACGAAGCCUGUAUGGCUAUUUCUAGGGGCGAUUGCGAAGCUGCAUUAAUCGGGGGCGUCAACCUCAUUUUAGGACCUAGCAUGACAACUGCCUUGGCAGAACAAGGGGUUAUCUCAAAAGAUGGUUCCUGUAAGACCUUCUCAGCUGAAGCUAACGGAUAUGCUCGUGGCGAAGCAGUCACUGCGAUUUAUGUCAAGCCAUUGAGUGAUGCUAUUAGAGAUGGAAAUCCAAUCCGAGCGGUUAUAAGAGCGACAUCACAUAAUGUCGAUGGGAAAACUCCUGGAAUGUCGCAGCCGAGUGCUGAUGCGCAAGAAGCAUUAAUGCGAAGAGCAUAUAAAGUCGCUGGGAUAACGGACUUUUCACAGACAGCUAUGGUAGAAUGCCAUGGCACAGGAACAGCAACCGGUGACCCUAUAGAGACCAAUGCCGUUGCUCGUGUGUUUGGAGAAUCGGGUGUUUACAUCGGUUCAUCGAAGCCAAAUUUGGGGCACUCAGAAGGCGCCUCGGGGCUUGUGGCAAUAAUGAAGAUGGUAUUGGCCCUAGAAAAUCGCACUAUACCCCCUAAUAUUCGAUUCACAACACCCAAUCCAAAGAUUCCGUUCAAAGAGGCAAAACUCACUGUUCCCCUGGAACCUACUCCGUGGCCAGCUUCUCGACUUGAGCGCGUGAGCAUUAACUCCUUUGGUGUAGGCGGUGCAAAUGCCCAUGUAAUUCUAGAUUCCGCUGCUACCUUCAACGCGUCUACUAUAACCCAGAAUGCGCCUACUAUACCACAACUACUAUUAUAUUCGGCAAAUACCUCAAAAUCCCUGACGAGAGCCGUUGAGAAUUAUAAGCAGUGGGUAGAAAAACAUCCUGAAAAAUUAGCGGACUUAGCCUAUACCUUAGCUUUACGGAGGGAGCAUCUGCAGCACCGAACAUUUGCUAUCGCCAAUAAUGGGGUGGUUGAGAACGCUGCACCCCCUACCAAAGCGGCCCCGAAGCCCAAUAUUGUGAUGGUUUUCACUGGCCAGGGCGCCCAGUGGCCGCUAAUGGGCAAGGAGUUACUGCAGUCUAACGAAACGUUUAAAACCACAAUACAAAUACUCGACAAACACCUAAGAGCUGCAGUUGGUGACGCACCACUUUAUUCUAUCGAAGAGGAGCUUCUUAAGCCAGCUAGAAAAAGUCGACUUAGUACGGCGGAGCUAUCUCAACCACUCUGCACGGCUAUUCAAAUUGCGCUCGUCGAUACGCUUAAAGCAUAUGGAAUUGCGCCAAAUGCAGUGGUUGGCCAUUCUAGUGGCGAGAUUGCGGGGGCGUAUGCUGCUGGGGCCCUUACAGCUGCGGAGGCUAUCAUCGCCGCCCACCACCGUGGCGCUGUAACAACUAAGCAAAAGAGAGCCGGGUCUAUGGCAGCUAUAGGGAUGAGUUGGGAAGAGACGGAGAAGCACUUAGUCCCUAACGUCACCAUCGCUUGCGAUAAUUCACCCAAAAGUGUUACAAUUUCAGGCGACUUGAAGGAAGUUAAAGCUGUAGUUGCAGCCAUCAAAAAGUCAAACCGAGAUGUGCUGGCUAAGUUGUUACAGGUCGAUAAAGCAUACCAUUCUUACCAUAUGGCGGAGAUUGGAGAGGACUAUAUUUCGUUAAUCGGGCAACAAGUAACCGGAAAUGAGCCUACGAUUCCUUUCUUUUCCAGUGUGAUAGGCAAACUGUUGAACGGAAAACGCAACCUUGGAUCUAAAUAUUGGCGAGAUAAUCUGGAGUCUCCAGUCAGAUUCAGAGAAGCUGUUACUAGCCUGUUAAAACAUGAAGUUGGUCAGAAUGCUGUUUUCCUCGAGGUUGGACCGCAUUCUGCUCUCGCGGGUCCCUUAAGACAGAUCUUUACCGAGGUUUCUUCGCCCGCGCCUUAUGUUGCGACCAUGGCGCGCAACCAAAACUGCAUCACGUCACUUUUGACCGCUGUUGGGAAGCUUCAUUCAGUAAAUGUUCCGAUCGAUCUUAAGUCAGUAUUUCCAAGUGGUUCAUGUCUCCCAGACCUCCCUCGGUACCCAUGGAACCACGAAGAUAGUUACUGGUACGAGCCUCGGAUAUGUAGAGAUUGGCGCCUACGAAAGAACCCGUACCAUGAUUUACUAGGCUCCCGCUCGCCUGAGAGUACUGACAUCGAACCUGCUUGGCGCAACAUGUUCCACCUUCCCAAUGCACCUUGGGUUCGUGACCACAAGGUUGGGGAUGAUGUGGUGUUCCCGUUUGCUGGUUAUAUUGCCAUAGCCGGAGAAGCUGUGAGACAAAUCACUGAAAUUAACGAGGGAUUUAGUAUUCGACAUAUCGUUGUCAGUAUGGCUUUAGUCUUGAGCGAAGGGAAGCCGACCGAGAUGAUGACUACUUUCCGCCCCCAUCGAUUAACUAAUUCGCUGAAUAGUUCAUGGUGGGAGUUCACUGUCUCUUCCUUCAAUGGCCACGUGUGGACGAAACACUGCACAGGAGAAGUCACAGCAUUAUCGGCAAGUCUCAGACCAGCGGCAGCUAUUGACGAGCUUCCCCGAAAAUUGAAUGCGCGAAAGUGGUAUGAAACGAUGCGCAAGUCUGGGUUGGACCUUGGGACUGCUUUUCAAUCCCUUGAUGCCAUAGAGACAUCGACCAAUUCCGAGAAUCGAGCGAUUGGAAGAGUGGUGAACAGUCGACAAGGAGACGAGGCUAAUUACCACAUUCAUCCUACGGUUAUCGAUGCGACACUACAGAUCAUGAGCGCCGCUGCCGUAAAUGGCUACGCGCGCAAGGUUAAGAAUUGGCUUCCGACAAGUAUCGACAAACUCAGCAUUGUUCGAUGUGCCUCUGACAUGAUCACGAAUGUCUCAGCGAAGAGAACAAGCAACCACUCAAUCCUCGGGGGUGGAAGCUGUACCGCUGGUGAUCUUACAGUCCUCGAAGCCUCUGGUAUUCGCAUGACUCUUGCCGAUGGCGCCCUUUCGAGCGACGGGGCCGAUACUCACGCAGCAGCACGAUAUGAAUGGAAUUCUGACAUAGACUUUUUAGAUAUAAAGGAUUUGAUUCUACAGCCGUUUGAUCGCGCGCCUCAUAUGGUUCUCCUAGAUGAGCUUAGCCAGCUUUGCUUAUUAUCUUCUCAACGAGCGCUCCCAAAAUCAGGAAGCCACCUAGGUCACAUACAGAAAUAUGUAUCAUGGAUUGCUUCGCAGAAUCAGACAGAAGGUUUAGUUGGUUUGGAUGAUGGAACCUUGAAGGCCCGAAUCGAGGAACUUGCAACUCGUCUCUCUGGAACCCCUGCUGCGUUUGCGGCUACUGCUCUUCGCCAAACAUCAAGCAAAAUUGAUGUCCUAGUGUCGGGCCAAACGUUACCGGAUAUUCUAUCGGAUGACGAGCUCACUGGUCUUUAUGAUUUUAUCAACCAGACUGAUAUAUCCACGUUUAUCCAAUCAUUAGGCCACUCAAAGCCAAAUUUGCAGAUACUAGAGGUUGGGUCCGGAACCGGUUCGUCAGUAACUAAUUUCCUUAAGAACCUCACUCGGCCGGAUGGACAAGUCCUUUGCUCGAAUUAUACCUUCACGUCCAUGGGCUUUAUCUCUGGAAAGGACCAACAGAAACCGUUCCCAAACAUGGAGUAUGCUACUUUAAAUAUUAGCAAGGACCUCGAAGAGCAGGAAUUUGGAGACCGUCAAUUUGAUUUGAUCAUUGCGUCAAAUGCCGUUCACAUAACUAAAAACAUCCAAGAGAGUUUGAAGAAUAUUAAGAGGCUUCUUCGCCCCGAUGGUCGGUUGUUACUUCAGGAGUUGUGUCCAUCCUCGAAAUGGGUCAAUUACAUAUUUGGAUCUUCGCCUAACUGGUGGCACGGUAUUGCUGAUGGUAGGCCGAAUGAGCCAUAUUUCGAUGUGAAGAGGUGGGAGUCCGAACUUCUAACUGCAGGUUUUGGUCGAAUUGAUGGAACAGUUCUGGAUUCCGAUGGACCACAUCAAUUGAUGGCGACGGUAAUCGCAAGGCCUUCCAAAUCCACCGAUGUUGCGAAGAAACGAGUAACAAUAUUAUGCGAAGAUGAUGAAGGUGGAAUGGGCGGAAUUGUUGACGAACUUGAGAAGAACGGAUACGAAAUCAUUAAGUGUAAUGUGCACGAUUCCCCGCCCCCAGGACAAGACGUCAUCUCUCUUCUCGACAUAUAUGGACCGUACUUCGAGGAGUUAGACUCUGCUCGUUUCGAAUCGUUUAGAAAGUUCCUCCGUGGCCUUCAGGAUGCCGGACUCUUAUGGAUCACGCCCCUUUGUCAGCUCGGAUGCGAAGAUCCCAGAUAUGCACAAGUACUUGGUCUCGCGAGGACGAUGCGCUCGGAGAUGCUGGUAGACUUUGCGACAUGCGAAGUUGACGAUUUCGCUUCGGCGAACGAUAAAAUAGUUCAGGUCUUGGCGAAAUUCCAGAGGCGUGAGGAUGAUGAUGUUCUGAAACCUGACUUCGAAUACGCGAUUCGUGGCGGAGAAAUCCAGGUGGGAAGAUUAUAUCCUUUUGCCUUGAAGGAUGAAUUAUUGGUGUCGGAAUCUGGUGACAAGGCCGUUCUUGAUGUCGGUACGCCGGGACGUCUCAAUACGCUACACUGGGUCCAACAGCCACGCGAAGAAAUCCGCAGCGAUGAAGUGGAACUUGAUGUUCAUUCUGCUGGUUUGAAUUUUAGGGACAUCCUAGUUGCCAUGGGAAUAGUCGAACUUCCUAAACGCCAAUUCGGACUCGAGGCUGCCGGUAUCGUGACCCGUGUAGGAGCCGAUGUUGAGAAUAUUAAGGUUGGCGAUCGAGUCUGUUGUUUGAGGAAACAUGCAUAUUCGACUUCUCUCACUACCCCAGAAAUGUUCUGUGCGAAGCUCCCGGAUCGCCUCAGUUUCGACGAAGCUGCAUCCAUGCUCAUGCCCUAUGUUACCUCUAUACAUUCCCUGAUGAAUAUUGGGCGUCUUGAACAGGGACAGUCCGUCCUAAUACAUAGCGCAUGUGGUGGGGUUGGGCUGGCAGCCAUCCAAAUAUCUCAGAUGUUAGGGGCAGAUAUCUAUGCGACUGUCAGUAAUGAUGAAAAGGUCCAAUUUCUUGAGGAACACUACAAUAUACCAAGGAACAAGAUAUUCAACUCGCGAAAUGACUCAUUCGUGGAGGGGAUCAUGCGCGAAACGAACGGCGCUGGUGUGGAUCUGGUUCUCAACUCCCUCUCCGGCGAACUUCUACAUGCCACCUGGACCUGUGUUGCGGAAUUCGGCUCCAUGAUUGAGAUUGGAAAGAGAGAUUUGAUCGGCAACGGAAAACUUGACAUGAAUGCCUUCUUAGCCAAUCGCAGUUACUGUUGUGUGGAUAUCGAUCAGCUCUGGAAGAAGCCGGUUCUAAUGACGAGGCUUAUCCAGUCCACCUUGGAGCUUUACGAAAAGGGGGCCAUUACUUCAAUCCAGCCCCUGAAGAUUUUCCCCGCAACAGAAACUGCAGAUGCGUUCCGAUACAUGCAAAAGGGACAACAUAUUGGUAGAAUUGGCAUCUCUUUACGGAACUCUCCAGAAGAUCGUGGUAUUAAUUUCGAAACAUCGAAGAGGCCUAGGUCUGCAAAUUUUGAGAACUCUGCGUCGUACCUUUUGGUGGGUGGACUUGGUGGUCUUGGACGUGCGAUAUCAGCGUGGAUGGUUGAUCACGGUGCACGUGAAUUAAUCUACCUCUCACGAAGUGCCGGUGAGGGUCCAAGCGAUGGCGUAUUUGUUAAUGAGCUUAAAAGCAUGAACUGCGAUGUUAAGCUUGUGAAGGGAGACGUCACAAAUCUCGAUGAUGUCGCUAAGGCAGUUUCAUCAGCGACGCACCCCCUGAAAGGCAUUAUUCAAAUGUCCAUGGUUCUUCGCGACCAGAAUUUCGAGGCUAUGACUUUCGAUGAGUGGAAUGUUGUGGUGGCUCCCAAGGUUGGGGGGACAUGGAAUCUUCACAAUGCUACCGUGGCUACAGGAGUCGAUCUUGAUUUCUUCGUCCUAUUCAGUUCGCUUUCCGGUAUCAUUGGGCAACCUGGUCAAGCAAACUACGCAAGCGCAAAUACAUUCCUAGACGCAUUCGCGCAGUAUCGGAAAAGAUUAGGCCUUGCUGCAUCUGUCGUGGAUAUCGGGGCUGUUGAAGAAAUCGGGUUCAUCUCAUCGCAACAAGGGCUGAUGAAUAAGAUGAAAUCUACCGGAUUUAAAGGAGUUACCGAACAAGAACUUCUUGACGCGAUGGCGCUUGCCAUGGCACCUACUGAAACUCGCGAAAAUCAGCCAAGCGGUACUCGCUUUGUUGAUAGCAACACGUUUGUCCUUGGCCUCGGCUCAACAAUCCCACUUAGCAGCUCUGCUAAUCGGUCGGUCUGGAGGAAGGAUCGUCGCAUGGCUUCAUAUCAUAAUGCUUUGGGCGGAGGUGCAGAUGCCGCCGCAUCUAACGAGGUCCUCAAGACUUUCCUCGCUACUGUUAAAGCCGACCCCUCUCUUCUCAAAGCGGCAGAGUCUUCCAAGACACUCGCGCUUGAAAUUGGAAAGAAGCUAUUCGAUCUACUACUCAAACCGCAGGAGGACUUAAACACGUCCAUGUCGUUAGUUGAUUUAGGGUUGGAUUCACUGGUAGCGCUCGAGUUACGCGCUUGGUGGAAGCAGGUCUUCUCGUUUGAUAUCAGUGUUCUUGAGAUGUUGGGUAUGGGUUCGCUUGAUGCGCUGGGGCAGCAUGCUGCUGAAGGUUUGUUAAGGGUUUUGGCGGAAAAUGAUGAUCAGAAGGGUUCUGAAUAGGUACCUACCUGAGGUACUAUAGGGGAUCCCCUUGAAGGACGAAUCAUGGGCAAUGUAACUAGGAUUAUACGGAAGGGGCAAUGUCGGAUAUUCUGGUAUCAUGUAUGGAUGGUUAGGUUUCUUUUUAUGUUAGGUUACUUAAGCGAUUGUUUGGAAUAAGAAACUCUCUCUUGUUGUUAAAA